CUUAGAGCUUUUAACAGGUCUCUAGCCCUGAGAGAAUUUUCCUGUGCACGCAGGCGUGUCUCGCUGAGGGAGAAGGUAGCUGGGGGUUGGUGACUGUCCACUGUCAGCACCGAUCUCAGAGAACAGGAUGAGGUAGCCAGGAAGACAGAUGUGAUCAGGAUGAAGGCAAGCCUGAGUUGGCAGCGGCAGGAAGAGCGGCGUGGUCCGGGGACCCCAGGGGGCGUGGCCAUCUCUCCGUAGGCUCGCUCCGUCCCUAGAAAAGGAGCGGCGGUCCAGCCGGGCUGUCUCCAGAGCUGCGCCCGCAACAGAGCCGCUAGCACAGCGCAGACGGUCCCCGCUCCCAACCCCUGCUACCUCCUUCCUUCUUCCAGGGCUGGGACGUCCUGAGCCUGCAGGGACACCUCCCGGCCCCCAGCGAGGAGGCUGCACGGAUACCUCGGUCUCCCAGUCGGAGGCGCAUUCAGGAUGGAUUCUGCUGCAAGAAGAUGGUUCUAUCUUCUCUUGGGCUGCAUCAUGCUGUUCCAUCUCACCAACGCUGACUUCGAAUUUCAAAAGGGGGUGCUUGGCAGCGUCAGUCCCAGCAUCACAGAAGACAUAGAUCUCCAGUGCUGGGACACCUGCUCUCUGGCACUGAUAGACCUGAAGGAACUCAAGAUAGAGCACAGCGCGGAUGCUUUCUGGAAUUUCAUGCUGUUCUUGCAAAAAUCUCAGCGCCCUGGCCAUUACAACGUCUUCUUAAACAUAGCCCAAGACUUCUGGGACAUGUACAUAGACUGCUUGCUGUCGAGGUCUCAUGGGAUGGGCAGAAGACAGGUGCUCCCUUCCAAGUAUCAUUUCCCGCAGAAAAUGGCAGAAGGUGGUGAUCUGAAGGUAUACCUACGCAAGUAACAAGGUGGUUUUGAUUUAAAAACUCGCUCUUCAGUCCUAUUAUUUCAGGUGUAUCAAAUAACCUAGCAAGUUUUCUGUUUAGUUUUUUUUUUAUAACACACACAUCUAUAUUAUUUUUACAUUACUUAGGAAUCAUGAAAGUGCUUGAUUAUAGGUGACCUUGGAACACGCAUGGCUAGGUCAUUAACAUCAUCAUAUUGUUACCCCAUGAGUAAUUUCAUAAGAAAGCCAGAAAGCUCUGUAUAUAUUCAUAUUGUAAGACUUCACGUCAGGCAUGUGGUAGCCUUUUCAACAACACAUUUUCAACUGGGAUAGAAAGAAUGGAAUCUUAUAUUAAUAAAUAUUAAUAUCUUCCAACAUGACAGAGAUAGAUUAUAAAAUAUGAGUUUUACAUUUAAGAAGAAAGCCACAAAAAAAAAAUACCUCAAGCAAGAUGCCAGCUGAGCACAUAUCCCUGUCAGUAUUUGUCAAGUCAAAUGUUACCUGCUGUACUUAAAAUUAUGAUUUCCAGUUUUUUAAUCUUGUGGUUUUAUUUCUUAGAUAAAAUAUUUGCCUUACUAUAGUGAUUGGAUUAUUUGCAAAUAUUUAGGUAAUUUGUUAUUAUUUUGUUAUUUAGAAAGCAUUUUGUCAGGUUAUCUUUGUUUUAAAAUACUACUUAAAGUAUGUUGUUUUUUCUUUUUUACUAGUCAGUUUAGUGAAGUUGUUAUUAAUUUUAUAAAGUAUCUGGUACCCUAAUUUGACUUUAAAACUGUGCCCCAACUAAUGCCAGCAUCUAAAAAUGAUAUUUAAUCUUGAUGUAAUGUUCUGUUUGCCUUCCGAAAUGUACAUUUCAACACUA